CAUAUUCCAGAGUUCAGUCGCUGGUACAAUUGUAUCCAUGCGCAGCAAAGGUUACAUACUUGCACGAUGAUGUGUUAGUAAGGAGUCUUUCAGAUGCGGAGGAGCAAGAAAACUGGUACCUUAUUCGUUCGAGUUGGAAAGACACUGUCUUAAAGAUACAGUAAGAGGAGCAAUUUCGUCGCUGGGGAGUUUAAUCUUUUACUUCUCGCUCUUAGUAAUUUCCAUUUGAAUGGAACACGCCAUUUUGCAGAAAAAAACCCCCACAAGGAUUAAGAGGUCAUUUUGAAGAGCAGGAUGGCAGAUAAAUUGUUCCGAGCUGUCAUUUUGGGCCCCCCCGGCUCUGGGAAGGGGACCAUCUCUCAAAGGAUAGCCCAAUGCUUCGGCCUGCAGCAUCUGUCCAGCGGGGAUUUCUUACGAGAAAACAUCACAGCGAACACCGAGGCAGGAGUAUUGGCAAAGCGAUACAUAGAAAAGGGCCUUUUGGUGCCAGAUCAUGUUAUAACACGUUUAAUGUUAACCAGACUGGAGAAAAUAACAAGACAAAGCUGGCUUCUGGAUGGUUUUCCGCGCACACUCGUGCAGGCAGAAGCUCUGAACAGCACCUGUGACGUUGAUGUUGUGAUUAGUCUGAACGUUCCCUUUGAGACCCUGAAAGAAAGGCUGAGCACACGCUGGGUCCACCCCUCUAGUGGAAGAAUGUACAACAUGGAGUUCAACCCGCCGCACAUACACGGCAUUGAUGACGUCACUGGAGAGCCCCUAGUCCAGCAUGAAGAUGAUAAACCGGAUUUUGUUGCUGCACGGCUGAGAGAGUACAAGGGCAUUGCAAAACCAGUCAUAGAUCUAUACAAGAAGGAAGGUGUUCUACACUCCGUUUCGGGAACAGAAACCAACAAGAUCUGGCCCUAUAUUUAUUCACUGCUGUGCACCAAGAUCACUCCAGUGGACCCAGAAGAGUCACAGCACUCUCCUCCUCUCUACAGCCAAUAGGGAGCAGAUACAGAUAAGGACAGGGCUGUAUAUAAAACUAAGUCUCCUAUGACAGCCAAUAUCAUAGACAAAUCCAACAUCUGUCUGGUAGAUAAACAAAUUACUAUUUUUUUGUUGAACAUCACUGUUAAAUCUCCCUCUUUAAGCGUACAGUUGAAAUGGACCUGUUACAGCCUUGUUUCCUGAAGUAAUGGCAGUUUAAAAGAAACCAGUAUUUUAUGCAAUUAUGUAUUGCUGUGGAAUCUUAUAUUCCUCUUGCAUUACUUUUAGAAAAACAUGCAUACAUGCAUGCAUGCAUACAUGCAUGCAUACACACAACACUAGCUUUCUAAGAAAUAAGAUGUUUUGCAGAAGUUCUUGUUGAAGUAACGAACAAAUGGUGAAAGUGACUUAUAUCUGCAUUUUAUUCUUUAACAAGACUUGUCAACAGUGCAGAUGCAUCUGCUAUUGCUCAGCACGCAGCUACAGUGGAUAGACUAGUUCAUCCUUCAGGGGUUGGAGUUACUGCAUUGUAAUGUGUUAGCUUCAUUUUCUCAAAAUCACUUGCUAGAUUUUCAUAGACCACCCUCCUAGUCAGCUGAUCCUAGGUUGUUCACUGACCUGUUUGAUUCUUUGUUGCCACUUUCUAUAAUCAGAUAAAUAUUCUAAAAGUGCUGAGUCACUGAGCAGCCGUUAAUGUGGCAUCGGUGUUAUUAAAAAUCUCACGUGUUUCAGACAUCCUGUUUACAGGAUACGCGUUUCAUUACCUUUGCUGUCUCCAGUGUUGUCCGUAUUGCAGCAACUGGGCAAUACAUUUCUCAACAUUUACUCUGGAGCAUUCGGCACAAAAAAAAAGGAUUGCAGUGUAUCCGAAUCACUCUCUCUCCUGCAACAAUGCCUGUUUCCUCUUCCCACAAUACACUGCUCAUUUAUCUCUUUGUUGCAGGAGGGAGCAUGAACUGGAUACACCGCAAUGUUUAGAAGUAAAAAAAAAAAAAAAAAAAAAACUUUCUUCCGGCAAACAUUUCUGAGUAAAAGUUGAAAGAAACAAAUCUCCUUUAGUUUAUUUAACUAAUAUACAGAAAAUGUCAAGUAACAUGUUUCUUAUAAACACUGCAGGGGGUUCUGGAGCUCUUUUAAGGGGAUAUUUAUAACUGAAUAAUUGAAGCAAAAUGCUGGAUGGAUGUCACUAUUGACAUCAGCAAUGGCCAUUUCUUCUAGUGACAGCUUGUCAUGUUCAUUGGUUUGUUUGACAGUGCCUCGACUCCGCAACACAAAAUAUAAUAUGCACAGUAUGGGGGUAAGGUGUAUGUGCCCCUAUUCACAUAGCAUUAAAUAGUCUUGUACUUAGUCCUAACACACUUAGUCUACAGUAAAUUGUACUUGAGGUAUAGUUGAAAGAAGUAAAUGCAAUAUGUUUUUGAUACAUUUGGUAUAUAUGUUUGUAAAUAUACUAAAGGAUUGUAUAACAAAUGUUAGGGGAAAUAUAAAUGUCAGUUUGUAUAACUGUUUUAAUUAACCAGUAGACCAAACUUAUUAGUUAGACUUGACGACUUUAACUUUUCAUAGCCAUGUCUUAAUUUGUGAAUAUGGGUCCAGUUUUAUUUGAAUUUGUGUGUAUAUUUUAGAAUCAGUCUUUGUCUAGCAGAGUUAUGAUGUGUAAUUUAGAAGCACAGUAGGAUAGUUCAUACUGCUCAUUGGAAAAAGACAAAAUGCAAAUGAUUAGUAAGCAUUCAGGAAAGCAGGUCACACAAACUCUGCUAGAUUAUUUUAAUUAUGUCUGUAACAGUGUAUCUCCUCAAUUUGAUAUCUGUAAUUAUUAGUUUAAAAUAAAACAUUGCAUACUGUUUCACAA